GCGUCCUGUCAGUUCGGCAUUUUUAUUAGCGUUGUUUGUGGCUUCUUGGUAGCCAGUUUGGUAUAUAAAAUAUUUAGUUGUGUAACUAAUUAACAUUUCAAAAUGAGGGAAAUCGUUCACAUUCAAACUGGACAAUGCGGAAACCAAAUUGGAGCCAAGUUCUGGGAAAUCAUCUCUGAUGAGCAUGGCAUUGACCCUACUGGAGCCUACCAUGGAGACUCUGAUCUUCAACUGGAACGUAUCAAUGUUUAUUACAAUGAAGCCUCCGGCGGCAAGUACGUUCCUCGCGCCAUUCUUGUGGAUUUGGAGCCAGGAACCAUGGACUCGGUCCGUUCUGGACCAUAUGGACAGAUUUUCCGUCCCGAUAACUUCGUCUUUGGCCAAAGUGGAGCCGGAAACAACUGGGCGAAGGGACAUUACACCGAGGGGGCUGAACUUGUUGAUUCCGUUUUAGAUGUUGUUCGCAAAGAGGCCGAGUCCUGUGAUUGCUUACAAGGUUUCCAAUUAACUCACUCUUUGGGAGGUGGUACUGGAUCUGGUAUGGGUACUCUACUUAUUUCUAAAAUCAGAGAGGAAUACCCAGACAGAAUUAUGAAUACUUAUUCAGUAGUACCUUCACCUAAAGUGUCAGACACUGUAGUAGAACCUUAUAAUGCCACUUUGUCUGUUCAUCAAUUAGUUGAAAACACAGAUGAAACCUAUUGUAUCGAUAAUGAAGCUCUCUACGAUAUCUGCUUCAGAACUUUGAAACUCACCACACCUACAUAUGGAGAUCUUAAUCAUUUAGUUUCUUUAACAAUGUCUGGAGUCACUACUUGCCUUAGAUUUCCUGGACAAUUGAAUGCAGAUUUGAGGAAAUUGGCUGUGAACAUGGUACCUUUCCCUCGUUUGCACUUCUUCAUGCCUGGAUUUGCACCACUCACAUCUAGGGGAAGCCAACAAUACAGAGCACUCACCGUACCAGAAUUAACACAACAAAUGUUUGAUGCCAAGAACAUGAUGGCUGCAUGCGAUCCCCGACAUGGUCGUUACUUGACUGUGGCAGCUGUGUUCAGAGGACGCAUGUCAAUGAAAGAAGUAGAUGAACAAAUGCUGAACAUUCAAAACAAGAACAGCAGCUACUUUGUAGAAUGGAUUCCAAACAACGUCAAGACUGCAGUUUGUGAUAUUCCACCCAGAGGUCUGAAAAUGUCUGCAACAUUUAUUGGUAACUCCACUGCCAUCCAAGAAUUGUUCAAGCGUAUCUCAGAACAAUUCACUGCUAUGUUCCGAAGAAAGGCUUUCUUGCAUUGGUAUACUGGUGAAGGUAUGGAUGAAAUGGAAUUCACGGAAGCUGAGAGCAACAUGAAUGAUUUGGUUUCUGAAUAUCAACAAUACCAAGAAGCCACUGCUGAUGAUGAUGCAGAGUUUGAUGAAGAACAAGAAGCUGAUGUUGAUGAGAACUAAAUUAAUUCUGCAUGAUGUUUUAACAAUCGCUGCCAACCCUGUUUUUAAAAUUUACAAAAAGCUUGUCUGAGUUACAUGCAUAAGGCCUUAUUUAUUAUAUUUGCAGACUCAAUACAAUAUUUUUGUAAUAUU